CGCGGAGUGUUUCAUAGCGAAACUCUUACUGUAUAUUAUUCUCAUUACUCUUGAAGUUAUAUUUAGCAGUAGACGUAUUACAUUACUUUAUAAAAUUACCAAAUGAAAAUUUCUAUAAUAUUUUGCAUUCAAUUUGCUAAUACAUAGGAUUACUUUUCUGCGGUACGGAUUUUUUUUUGUAUACAAAUUUAGUUGAUUUCGUCGCCAUUUUAGAGCGGAAGUUCAAGUGCGGAUAAAAAUAAAGUUUCCGGGGUGUACAUCUACAAGACUCGAUUUUCAAUAAAGUUUUUACUUGUCACUUUAUCAAAAUUGUUUUAAUAUCAAAAUACAUUGAUUUUGGACAUACGGAAGUUUUCUUGAGAGGUCAAUGUAGAGGCCAUGGCGUGGAAAUUGCGUGUAAUAGUCAGUAAGAAGAAGCGACGUUUCACAGAUGGAAGCUAUGAUCUGGAUCUUAGCUAUAUCUACCCAAACAUCAUUGCUAUGGGGUUUCCUGCAGACAAGUUGGAGGGUGUGUACAGGAACAACAUUGAAAGUGUUGUAAGAUUUUUGAAUGAGCGUCACAAGGACCAUUUUAAGGUUUAUAAUUUAUGCUCCGAAAGGAAUUAUGACAUUUCAAAAUUUGGAAAUAGAGUAGCACACUUCCCAUUUGACGACCACAACCCACCUAAUUUCAACCUAUUUAAACCAUUUUGUGAGGAUUUGGACGGCUGGCUGGGAGAACAUGACACAAACGUGGCUGUCAUUCAUUGUAAGGCUGGCAAGGGGCGAACUGGGGUGAUGAUCUGUGCCUACAUGCUGCACAGACAAAUGUUCACAGACUCUCAAAAGGCUUUGGACCAUUACGCUUUUGCUAGGACCGUCAACGGAAAGGGUGUAACAAUUCCAAGUCAGCGCCGGUAUGUGGAUUAUUAUGGCCAGUUGGUACUCAAUAGGUUAGACUACCUACCGACUACACUGCUGUUACAAGCAAUCCAUUUUGAUACGAUACCAAUGUUGUCAAACAGUGGAACAUGUACUCCAUUUGUAAUUAUAAACCAACAGAAAGUAAAGAUUUACACAUCUUUACCUUUAGAAGGUGUAAAACGAGCUGAUAAAAAACUAAUGUUUAGUAUACCAAAAGGAGGGCUUCCUAUUUGUGGAGACAUCAAGAUUGAAUUCUUCCACAAAUCAAAUAAAUUGAAGAAGGAUAAGAUGUUUCAUUUUUGGGUAAACACAUUUUUCAUCUUAAACUCCAAGUGUGAAUCUGUAAAGCAAUGCAGCGUGGACCUUCUUCCGGAUAUUAAACUGGAAGGUACUCACAGUAGACAAGUGUUGGAGAUGACGCUACAGAAAGAUGAGCUAGACAAAGCAAACAAAGACAAAACAAAUCGACUCUACUCUCCUAAUUUUAAGGUAAUUUGUUACUUCUCAUCAGUGGAUGGGGAUAGGCGACCUUCAGUGGACUUAAUUGAUGGUGUUAGCGGUGUUCAUAUAGAUGAACCAGAUGAAAAUUUUUCUGACACAGACUCUGAAUCGGAGUGGAACUCGUUAGAAUGCACCCAAGUGUGAUACAAGAAAGACUAGUUAGUAGAGACUAAAAACUAUCAGAUUUUAUAUACUGUAUUGGAUUGAUAUGCCAUCUCCAACACAAGUUGCGUAUUUACCAGUAAUUUCUUCAAGGUGGAUACCUAACAGCUAUUGGAUUUUAUUUACUGUAUAAGUUAAAUUCUUCUUGGAUGGAUAUGCCAUUUCCAAAUCAAGCCUCGUUCCCAAACUGACUACGUGUUGACCACGCUUACCUCCAACUCACGUGGACUUGGUGACUGUGAACCCUGUUGUUACAAGUCAAGGCUAGCAGGCCUAGCCUUUUAUUCAUAAAGUAAUCUCCUGUAUGAUGCGUCAACAGUUCUCAUAUGGUGCCGCAUACUGUGAAAAUUGCAGAGAGUUUGAGUUUGUAAUCCAUACAUUAGGCCUUCAAUACACAUGUGAUAUGUUUGCGCAGUUGUUUCACAUGCUUAGCUGUACAUCUGCUUCACGAAUACGUAGUGUGGAAAUGUGCAUGUAGUACAUUAUUGGUAAAAUGAUCAAAUCAGUCUAGUUUGCAUCAUUGGCAAACAAAUGUUUUACUAUUAUGUCGCAUAAUUUUCACUUCAGGAGAUUGUAUGAAAUGCAAAACAGAACCAACCAUUGACCCAGAUAAAACCGGCCAAACAUCUGCAUCCAGUAUCUUGUUUCUUUGCAAAACUCUACCAUAAAAAAUGUCGGUGAUCGUAUAAUAGCAAUUAUUUUAAUAUAUUCAACUAUAGUAUUAUAUUUGUAGAAGUGGAAAUAGUUAAUGGAAUGUAAAAAAUAUUGUUAUUGUUUCUAUUUUGAUUAUCAGUUGAAAAAUUGAUGAAAUAAACUAGAUGGCAUUAGGGCCAUGCUCAGAUAUUAAAAACACCUGUUUUUAACUGGUUCAUUGUAACUAGGUAAAAGUAUCUUCACCGGAUUUUAAGUUUAAUACAUCUAUUCCUUUCCAGUGCCUGUAUUUGCUAGAUAGGGAGUUAAACUGAUUGACAGUGGAUCCAACAAUUUCCAAUGGGGACCAAUGUAAUUUGGCCUUAGCCACUGGAACCAAGAAAAACUGAAUAAUUUUGGGCCAAUUUAAGCUGCUCCGAGACAUUUUAGCACUCAUGGCAAAUGGGGGCUUGAUCUGUCCAAUGCAGGACCCACCUGUUCUCCUUCCAUCCCCAGGAAACACUGGUGCAGCCCCUGCUCAUGUACUGCAUGUUUACCACUCACCAAGUUACUAACUGUAUUUGUUCCCCUCAACAGAAUACUGUUUAUAUGACCGUAAACAUGAUGAUGCCUGUAGUAGCCACUUGCGGACAUUUUAUUCAGAAUUGUAUUCUUCACAUUUUAUAACCAAAUAUAUUAAAGGGAUGUAUACAUUCAAUAUGUAUUUUAUCUCUUCCAAGCCAAAUUAUAAGAUCAUUUUAUGUUGAGCAAUCACACAUAUUGCUGACUCUCUUUGAUCUUUUGCUUAGUUUGAAUGAUCUGUUGCUAAAUUUGAUUGACAGUUUGGAAAGCUCUAUUGCUAUAGUGCCAAUAUUUUUCAGCACAAACUACAUUUAUUUGGCAUAUUUCCAAAAUUUUUAAAAGUUUAGGAAUUGGUAUUCACUGUGACCAGGACAAUUUUUAAGAAUAUUAACAAAUAUAAUAUAUUCCCAAUAAGUUAGUAGUCCUAGCCUCAGAUCUUAUAAGAAAUUUGCAUUAAUUUUUACAAAUUUAUGAAUUCACUAAACCAAGAGUCAAUGGUUGAUUACAUUGUUACCAAAAUUGCAUAACAAUUAUUCUAACUAUCCAACUUAAGUGUGGGUGAUAAUGCACUAUGAAAGGAAGGGAUUCUAGUUAUUAAAAUGUUAAUAGUCCUCCAAAUUAUUGAUUGACUUGGAAGUGGUUGGCUACACCAGGAAAGGGGAUGUUUCUAAUUGUUUAAUCAUUUUGUUCUUUUUGAUGAAUUUGUAUUUUUGCAAUAUGAAAUGUAAUUGCUAGUGCCAACACUGCCAGCAGGUACACAAUAAUUACAAAAUGUAGACAUAUAUUUGAAUCUAUUAUGGUGAGGACAAAUAGCCAUCGAUGUGUGAACAAAAUGAAAUUGUUUUUCAGUAUAAUUUUGUAUUCUUGAUUUGCCAUUGUUAUACUUGUCGUGUUUUUGUAUGUUACUUUGGACCAACAUCUUUGCAUCUCAAACAGAGGGCGCUUUUGUUAUUGUCACGAUGUCCCUGCUUUUAUUGAUAAUCUUUUAGCUUAUCUGCCACGUAUGUCUUUGCAUAGGUACAUAUAUAUAAUUGUUGAUUCUUUUGAUUUUUAUUACUUUCUUAGAGAGUUUGCUAAACUGCAAUUUGUGACAUUUCUGGUAAUAUAAUAUUGCAAUGUUAUUUGUAUACAUUGCCAAGCUCACAUCUAGGUUUUGUAAAUAUGUUGUAAAAAAACAAACUACCAAAAUUAAAAUAAUUUUGGGAAUAACUCAAUGAUUAAAAAUACUGUAUUUUUUUUUUUUUUUUUUGAAAAUUACACUCUCAAGAAAUGUUACACAAAUUGUUUAGCUGCCAAUAGAAUCUUAGCUUUUGUUUGAAAAAAAUCAAUGGAAUCUUAGCUUUUUUUUAAACAGAAAAUAAGAUAAAUUUUAUCUUUCAGCUCUCUUUAAUAUAAAAGUUUUGAAAUGAAUUGAAUUUGAUAUUCCUUUUUGAUCUAGUAUUUUGAAGAGCAGAUCUGAAAAUGUUCCUGGUUUUUGAAACUGUUGUAAUUGUAUAUUUGCAUUUUUUGCAAUAAAAUGCGGGGUGUAUCCUUAUUUUCCCCUUCGGCCAUCUUGAUCCACUAUUUGGAAGUUUCUUCCUACCUACAUACGUUAUUACAGGGUACAAUGUUGGAAGUGGUAGGCACAGAAUAAAAUUAUUGCUGCAUAUCCCUAGCUUUGAAUUACAGUGUUCACUUUUGUCAGUUUUGAAUUCAUGCAACUCAUUGAACUAGGUGUUUGUGGGGGGUUUUUUUUUGUGCAUAUUAAAAUAUUCUAUUAUUAAAAUAAUUUUCUAUUUUAUAGUAUACCUAAAAUAGAUUCUUGUUCAUAAUUGUUUUUUCCGAAUUGAACAGUUCACUUUCAGCGAAUGAAAGCUUAGGUUAAGGCAUGCAAAUGAACACAACAAAUGAAACCAAAAUUUAUAUGGAACUAAAUUACAUGAAGAAUGAUGCAGUUUGCCAUUAACUGGUGUAAAAAGCUUGUUACAUGUCAUAUUAAAUCCACCAAUCAAAUGACAAGGAUCUUUUUAGGCAUGUUAUAAAAAAUAAUAUAUUUUCAUAAAAGCUACAAGAAUAGCAAAAAUUUCUAAUUGACGUUAUUACAGUUACUUGCUUAAGUUGACUUUGCCUGAACAAUUUUGUAAGUCGAUCUAAUUUUACAUGACAAAUUGUGUUUUCCAUUAACCGUCUGCAAGUCAAACAAUUUUUCAAUGCAAUUUUGGAUUUGACAAGGCAAGUUCAACUAUACUUCUCUUUGAUUUUGUAAUGUCAAUGUAUUUUAAUUUGCAGACCGAAUAAUGACAUGAUAACCAAUUAUUAUUAGGUAUUACUUUUAACUUUAUAUAAAAAAAAAAACGCAUUGGUGUUGUAAAAAGUAGUAUGUAUAAGGUAAUGCUUCUGAAUUGAAAAUGAAAAUAUUGAAAAAUUAGUAUUAAUAAUAAUAAAAUGAAUGAUUAACUGUUUAAAGCGUAAAACCGGGCACGCACUGCACCCUAUGUUAAUCAGGCAACACGAUUGUAUGGAGUGUGCAAUACCACGAUCGUUUUAAUUGACAAUAAGUUCAGACUGCCCCCAACAAUCGGUAGACAACGUGAUGUCAUCCAGCGCUCUCUGGGAGUAGAGUUGGACUUGCUGUACGACGGUUGUAUGAUGCAGUCAGUGCCCGGCUGUAAAAGAAUGUUAAUUUAUUGACAAACACAUUUGAAGAAAUUUCAUUGGCAUUUAGUGAAAACAUGAGAUGCUUAAAUACUAGAACAGUCAUGCAAGUAACAAUAUGCAUGGUACAGUACCAACAUUCUCAGUUGAUAUUGUCAUAGCAACAUCAGUUGGAAAUGUAUUGUCAUAGCAACAUCCUCCAUUGAUAUUGCUAUAGAAAUGUUCUCUGCAGCUAGAAAUCUAUUAAAUAUUUAAGUCUACUUA